AUGGAUCUGGGCCAGGAGCUGUGCGGAGCACCGUGCUUUUCCCAUCUGCCUAACGGGCUCUACCCGUCGUACAUUCCCCUGAGCCACCUCGAGCCCCCCAGCGCUGGCAGUCCUCUCCUGGCCCAGCUGGGUCAGCACAGCCUUUUUGAGUCACAAAAAGAUGGGUUCUACCUGUCUGGCCACGCGGGCCAGUCCGCUUUGCACCCGCAGCCUCCCCUGUCGAGGACCGCGGGCAACCACACGCCGAGCACUCUGCUCCGGGAGAAGGACCUUGGGCAGCUGCAUAAGAGCUCGAAAGAAGGCCUGAAAGACCCCAGCGGGAAGGAGCGGGCAUGCCGGAGCGAUCUGUCCCUGCCCUUUGCCAAGAAGGAGGGCAAGCCGAAGGAGGAGCCCCGGCCCCGCAGCGUGGUAGACCUCACACAGGACACCAAGCCCGACAGCGACCGGAAAGUGAGUGUGGUGGAGAAGGCGGUGAAGGUCGGUGAGCGUCUCUCACCGUUCCUGGCUGAGCACAUGCCAAAUCGGGGCGCGGGUGGCGGGGAACCCAAGUCCAAGAACCCUCUGCAGAGCUCUUCCCUCAGCAACUGCAACGGAGGCGGGGAUCCCAUGCUGAAGGUCCUGGGUGCCGAGCAGGAUCGCUGUGCGAAGGAUCCCGCUCGGCACGAUGAGAACAUGAGGCCUUCUGCGCACGCCCACGCUGAGCGGCUGAAGCGGGGGGAGCCCCUCCUGCCCUCUGUGGGCGCUUUGCACGUCUCCUGCAGCUGCCCGUCCCCACACCCCUCGCAGCCGGGGAAGAUGACGCCGGCCACGACAUUCCCUCCGCAGCCCGUCCAUUCCAGCAUGUACACCAUCUUCCCGCCGGCCAAGGAGCUGGGGAGGGAGCACAAAGUCAUCGCCCCCACCUUUGUGCCUUCGGUCGAAGCCUACGAUGAGAGGAGUGGACCCAUCCAAAUUGCCUCGCAGGCCCGUGACAACAAGGCAAAAGACAAGGACCUCGGCAAGGUAGGGGUGCUGCAGUCACCCACAGAGCGGUGCCUUGCGGACACCUCCCGCACGCUCUUGUCCCAGGACUUUUCUUGCCACAGCGAUGCCAAAAGGAUGGAGGCUCUGAGGGAGAAGGGCUCGGUGAUCAGGGCGAACUCCAUGGCACUGAAGAGACAGGUCACUUCGGAGCCCUUCCUCAACCGGCCGGGGCUGGGCUCUCCGGAGAGCAGGGAGUUCCUGGCCUCCAAGGACUUGCUGAAGCCGAGUCCGGAGGCAGAGCAUCGCCCCUGCGAGCGGGACCGCUUCCAGCGAUCCAGCUCCAAAGAAGCAGCGAAGGUUUAUGGCACUUUGGACUCUUCCCGGCAGCACCUGGACCACGGUCAGCUGAAACCGCCCGAGCAGAAGUGGAAGCCCUUUGAGAUGGGCAACUUUGCCACCACACAGAUGGCGGUGCUGGCUGCGCAGCACAACCAUGUCACCCGGGCGGAGGAGGAAGCCAAGAAGGUCUACCUUGACCCCAGUGGCUUGCCGCGGUCCUCGGUGGUGGGCUCACGGGGCGCCACGGAUGUCCUCCACCCCGCCUCCCAUGGCGAAGGGUCAGCCAUGCAGAGCCUCAUCAAGUACAGUGGCAGCUUUGCCAAGGAGACCGCGUCCCGGCAGAGCUGUGGCAAGAAGAGCCCCUUCGGUGGCUUGGGCAACAUGAAGUUGGACUCUUCACAGCUGGGUGCCUCCAAAGUGCAGCAGCUGCUGUCGCAGCAGCCAGCGAAGCAGCUGAAGAGGGACCCUGAGAGACCCGAGAGUGCCAAAUCCUUUGGCCGUGAGAGCAUUGGCUCCCAGGGCGAGGUGGAGGUGAGGCACUUGCCCGUUGGCAUCGCCGUGGCCGUGGCCCGGCAGAAGGACAACAGCAGCAGCAGCAGCAGCAAACUGGGGCCCAGCUUGGCGGACCGGGAUCGCUCGCUGUCUCUCAGCAGCAUCAAAGGGCAUGGACGCUCGGAAGAUGAUUGCGGGGAUGAGAGGAGCCGCCACCGGGACAGCCACCUCCUGGCAGGGCGCUUGGAGCGGGAUCAGGAGAAGCUGCUCAGAGAGAGCAAGGAGCUGGCAGAUUUUGCCCGGAUACACCCCUCCGGCUGUGCCACGAAUGGCUUGAACUCCAACCUCAUGGUGACGGGAGGCCCAGCCUUGACGGGCUCCGGGCGCUGGUCUGCAGACCCGGCUUCGCACUUGGCAGCCCACCCCUGGCUCCCCAGGACAGGGAGCCCCUCCAUGUGGCUGGCUAGCCAUCCCUACGGACUUGGUCACCCUUCCCUGCACCAGGGCAUGACUCCAGGCUUCCCCCCUGCCAUGGGGGGAGCCCUCCCUUCUGCCUACCAGUUUGCCAGAGACCCGCAGUCGGGGCAGCUUGUUGUGAUCCCCAGCGAGCACUUGCCACACUUCGCGGAGCUGAUGGACCGGGCACCCCCACUGUGGCCCGCUAUGUACCCCCCGACCAGGAGCUCCCUCCAGCAUGCUCACCAGCUCCAGCUCCUCUCCCAUCAGCAGCUGCUGCGGCAGCACGAGCUGUACAUUCUGCAGCAGCAAGCGGCCCAUGCCAUGGAGCUACAGAGGAGCGCCCAGCUCGUGGAGAGGUUGAAGGCGAACGAGCAGCGGGCAGAUAUGGAAGAGAAGGUGACGAAACGGAACCUGGACAGUGCCAAAUCAGGCCUUUCCUCCUCUGCCCCGGGACUGGUGCACCGAAAACCACCCGUGCUGUCUCCCAGCGCCUCCACGUCCUACAGCAAGGCUGUGAGUCCACCUCCCCUCUCUCCCAGGGCCUCACCCGUGUCUGUGCUCAAAGCUGAGGUGAUCCAAAAGAUGGAGGAGCCACCUUCGCAGCCAGCCUACUCCUACCCCGCCACCCCCAGCUCCCAUCCUUCCAGCCCGCCCCCUGCCUCUCCACCCCCUGCCCCUGCCAUCCCUCCAAAGGAAGAGGUGCCCGAGACCGUGGAGAAGAAAGACCUGGAGCUGGAAAAAGAGGCUGCUGGUCCAUAUCAGGCCUUGUUCCCAGAGAUCCCCCCAGGAUAUCCAUUCCAGUCCCUGCCUCCCUCCUUUGGAAGACACUAUCCCUACCUCCUCCAGCCCACCGCAGCAUCUGAUGCAGAUGGCCUGGCUCCUGAUGUCCCGCUGCCUGCUGAAGGCUCUGAGCACAUGGAGCUUUCCCCAGAGGUCAAGCCCAUCCACCUGUCUCCGUCCAAAAUGCUAGAGCCCAUCCAAGCAGCAGCAGAAGAGGAGUCCUUGGAAGAGAGGGUGAAAUCAGAAGUGCAGAUGGAGGAAAGCCAAGACGGCAUCUGUGAGCAGGACAUGGGGACUCUGAACAUCACCACCUCUGCAGCAGUCCCAGUGCAGAAUGUGGACAAUUGCAAUCUCCUGUUGCAUCAAGGUGAAGCCCUGGGUGCUAUGGAGCAGGACCAGGAAGACCUCCAGAGCUGCCCACCUCCUUACCAGGUUGUGGCCUGCCCUGCAGAAGCAGAGGCUCAGGCAGAGACUGGGAGUGGAGCAGAAACCUGCUCUGUGCACAUGGACUAUGACGGUUCGCUUGUGCAUGCGGAGAACGAGCCGCCUGAGAUGGACUUGACGCCCCAGCGGGAGGAGGCCUCUGUAGCCAUGGAUCUGCAGAGCACCGAUGUGCCCCGGGGGAGGGAGUUUCCCAACCUGCCCCCUGAGGAGGGGGAGCAGGGGCCAGAGAUCCCUUCCUACACGGAAGAGGCAAUCUCUUGCCAAAUCCCAGCUCUGGACAUCAAGCCAGGCGACCCGCUGGCAGGGAUGAACGCUUUGGUGGCUGCCACAGAAAUGCCUCAGGCUUGUUCCUUGUUGACUACUGCCAGCGUCACUCCAUCCCAGAUGAAGGUGGAGGUGUUACCUGACCAGGCCUUGGAGCACUCCUUCUUGCAAGGGAUCACUUUGCUCAGUGAAAUUGCAGAGAUGGAGCUGGAGAAAAGGAAGCAAGAAAUACAAAGUCCAGAGAGUUUCCCUGUCCGGCCAACGCUGGAGAGUUUGCUGGCUGCCAGCACCCACAUGCUCAUGGAAGUACUUUCCACCCCCUUUAUGGAAAGUCUGAAAACCAUCCGGCUGCCUCGAGAGCUGAAUCCCAACAAAAAGUACAGCUGGAUGCAGAAGAAAGAUGAACCUAUGUACUCCAUCAAAUCGGCCAUUGAGAACAUGGAUGCAAUGGAGCUGGACUACAGGAUGAGGCUGGCGGAGCUGCAGCGCCGGUACAAGGAGAAGCAGCGGGAGCUGGUGAAGCUGCAGCGCCGCAGGGACUCCGAGGAAAAGCAUGACGAGAAAAGUAGAAGCUUGGCAAGAAGAGGCCCUGGAAGGCCCAGGAAGAGGAAACUUGGAUCAAGCGCUCUGUCACCCAUUAAGGAGAGAGGGAAGAGUGACAGCAAGAGUGGAAAACUGAGCAAGUCCUUGUUGCUCUCCGAAGACUCUGAGACUGGCGAGGGCAUGAAGAAGAGGCACAAAGGGGCCCUCCCGGAGGAGGACGAGGAUGUGGAGAGCAGCAGUGGCAAGAUGAAAGGGAGGAACCAGAGCUGGGAAGAGCAUGAUGUGGCUCCCAGCUUCUCAAACGAGUUAAAGCUCAAGAAGAAGAAGGUGCCAUCAGAUCAGGAGCAGCUGGCCAGCAAGCUUGACAAGGCCCUGUCGCUCACCAAACAAGACAAGCUCAAAUCCCCCUUCAAGUUUGUCGACAGCUCAGGGGGAAAGCCGAAAACUAGUGGAGGUGGCAGCAGGUACCUCCCACCCCAUGAGGCUCUGCCAAGCAAGGAGGAGAAGAAGAGCCUGGCCAAGAACCUGGGCCUGUCACUGAAAACCACCAAGGAAGGUAAAAACAAAGUGGCUGCCAAAAUGAAGAAGAUGGAGGUGGGGUUAAAAGUCAAAAAUCAGCUCAAGGUUUCCCAUUCACCAGCAAUAUCUGAAGUUAGCAGCUACUCCUAUAAUACGGACUCGGAGGAAGAGGAGGAGGGAUCUCUGAGGGAUGAGUGGCCAGCGCAGCCCCCGUCCGCCCCCAAGGGUGGUGAUUCUAGCUCAGAGGAAGAGGAAGAGGAGGACGAAGAGGAAGAGGAGGAAGCAGAGGACUAUGGGACGGAUGGCACUGACAGGCUUUCAUCGCCUGCCCUUGACGAGAGCGGCCUGGGCCUUCUAGCAAGGUUUGCCGCCAGCGCAAUGCCUAGCCCCAUCGUUCCCCCUCCACUUUCCAUCAUCCAGCUGGAGGCCAAGCAGAAGGCGAAGAAGAAGGAGGAGCGGCAGAGCUUGAUGGGGACGGAGUUUGAAUACACUGACUCGGAGAGUGAGAUCAAGAUCAGGAAGAAGUCGCCUUCAGGGCUGCUGCGGGGAAAGAAGGGGCCACUGGAGGCAAGCAGCAUCCCACCAAGCCAGGCCCCCAGCAGCCUUGACUCCGGAUCUGGGAGCGCUGACAAGGCCAAGCUUGGGUCUGAGAAAGGCCGCAAGCUGAAGAAAUUCAAGUCCCCCAAGGACUUGAGCUUUGAGUUUGGGCUGGAGGCCAGCGAUGAUGACCUGUGGAACCGGCGCCGGAGUGAGCGGAUCUUCCUCCACGACGCCACCACGUCCUCGGCAAUGCUGACCCCCGCAGUGCCUGCCAGCUCCACUCCUGUCUCCAAGCCUGGGCGCUGUGGCAAGGGGGCACCCAUGAGCCCCAAAAAGGAGGGCAGCAAGGGGAAGGAGAGGAAGGAGCUAAGCAAGCAGCGGAAGAAGGGUAAAGAAACACCCUGCUGCUCCUCAUCAUCAUCCAUGUCUCCUCCUGGCAUCCCUAGCUCCCCAUCUGAUGUUCGUGUCAGCCUGGCGAAUGCCCUGGGCUCCACCAAGAAGAGCAAAGCCAAGGUGAAAGCCAAGGAGGUGAAAAAAGAGAACCGAGGGAAAGGAGGAGCUGUCAGCAAGCUCAUGGAGAGCAUGGCAGCAGAGGAGGAUUUUGAACCCAACCAAGACAGCAGCUUCUCAGAGGAUGAGAACAUCCCACUGAGCAUGCUGGUUGAGCGACCGCCCACACCAGCUCCCCGCUCCUGCAUAAUUGACAAGGAUGAGCUGAAAGACGGUCUGCGUGUCCUCAUCCCCAUGGAUGACAAGCUGCUCUAUGCCGGGCAUGUCAAGACGGUGCAUUCACCAGACAUAUACCGCGUGGUGGUGGAAGGCGAGAGGGGAAACCGUCCCCACAUUUACUGCCUGGAGCAGCUCUUGCAGGAAGCGAUCAUCGACGUGAAACCACCUUCAGUGCGAUUCCUGCCCGAAGGCACGAGGAUUGCAGCCUACUGGAGUCAGCAGUACCGCUGCCUCUACCCAGGGACAGUUGUUCGCGGAGCCCUGGAUCUGGAGGAAGAUGGUGAUCUCAUCACAGUAGAGUUUGAUGAUGGGGACACGGGACGUAUCCCACUGUCUCACAUUCGGCUUCUCCCACCUGACUACAAGAUCCAGUGUGCUGAGCCUUCCCCGGCCCUUUUGGUGCCCAGCACCAAGCGCCGUAGCCGUAAAUCCAGCAAAGACACUGGAGAAGGAAAAGAGGGAGCUACACUGGGGUCAGAGGAGCCUGUGUCAAAGGGCAAGGGGCGAGGGAGAAAGCCAAGCGUCAAGGCAAAGGCUGAAGAGGCUGCAUUGCCAGAAGAGAAGGAUCAGGUUGAGUCUGCACCUGUUACCUCUUCAGUCCCAGAGAAGCCAGCCUGCUUGGGCAAGCCAAGCAUGAAGGGGUCGCGAAAAUCACAACCGCUGUCAACUGGAGGCUCUCCUGCCCCCACAGAGGAAAAGCGGUCAAAAGCCAGCAAAAUGAAAAUCUCCACUAAGCUGCAUACCCCCCCACAACCCACUUACCAGCCUGCUGUGUUCGGCAGCAUCCUCGGCACGGAGCCCUACAGUGAUCUCCCGGGGUCGCUGGCAACCUUCGGCUCCAGCGAUGCUUCAGCGUCGAAAGCCAAGACCAAGAAAGGGCGGCCCACAGAAGAGACGCAGGAGUUUGGCACCAUGGUCAAGGCUCAGAGGAAGCAUGACAACGAAAUCCUGAUCAAGCUGGACCAUGAGGGCGUGAUGUCUCCAAAGACGAAGAAGAUGAAGGAGGCGAUGAGGAUGCUGGAGGACUCGAACCUGGCCAGUCGCAGAGACGGCAAGAGUCUCUUGGGGCUGGGCUAUUCCCCUGCAGUGGGUGCGGAGGGCAAGCAGAAAUCUUCCCGAGCCAAAGCAGCUGAGGGAGACCCUUCCCCUGCCAGCUUCGGAGGAAAAUUCGAUGGCUCAGUGGAGAGCCUCACUGCUUCGAAGGACCAGGAAGAAAAGGCAGCAGCUCCAGCAGCCGUGGAGGAGUCUGAGAGCAACAGCAGCGACAGCAGCUCAGAGUCAGAGGGAGAAGAGGAGGCUGAGAAGAACCGAGGGGAAGCCCAGGACAGCAGCUCGGCCAGCUCGAGAGCAUCCACCCCUCUCUCUUCCUCCAACUCCUCCUCCUCUUCCUCUUCUAGCAGCAGCUCCUCUUCAUCCUCCUCUUCCUCCUCUUCCUCAGCCUCAUCGACCUCUUCUUCAUCGAGCUCCAGCUCUUCUUCCUCCUCCACUACAGAUGAAGACUCCUCCUGUAGCUCUGAUGACGAAGUAGCUGAGGCCCAGCCAAGUUCCUCGGUGCAGCAAACCCUCCCACCCAAGCAAACCAAGCAGGCAGGGAAAUCCCGUACGUCCUCCCACCCCCAGAGCCAGAAACAGCCGGCGCAGCAGCCGGUGCAACAGCCGGCACCGCAGCAGAGCGGCAACAAGAGCAGGCCCAAAAAGCGCGAGGGCAUCCACCUGCCCACCACCAAGGAGCUGGCCAAGCGCCAGCGACUGCCGUCGGUGGAGAACAGGCCCAAGAUUGCUGCUUUCCUCCCCGCACGGCAGCUGUGGAAGUGGUUUGGGAAACCCACACAGAGACGAGGAAUGAAAGGGAAGGCCAGGAAGCUCUUCUACAAGGCCAUUGUCCGGGGCAAGGAGAUAAUCCGCAUCGGAGACUGUGCGGUCUUCCUCUCAGCCGGCCGCCCCAACCUGCCCUACAUUGGCCGGAUCCAGAGCAUGUGGGAGUCGUGGGGGAACAACAUGGUGGUCCGAGUCAAAUGGUUUUAUCACCCAGAAGAAACCAACCCUGGGAAGAAACUCAACGAAGGCAAGCGCUGGGAUCAGAAAUCAGGCAGGAGUCUGUCCACAGCUUUGCAGGCAUCCAACCAGAGGAAGGACUUUAUGGAGCGAGCCCUCUACCAGUCCUCACACGUGGAUGAAAACGAUGUCCAGACCAUCUCACACAAGUGUCUUGUUGUUGGUCUGGAUCAAUAUGAGCAGAUGCUAAAGACGAAGAAAUACCAAGACAGUGAGGACCUCUACUACCUUGCAGGGACCUACGAGCCCACUACGGGCAUGAUCUUCAACACCGACGGGGUCCCUGUCAUCUGCUGACCGCCCAGGGGACACGUGCCACCCCCUGGGAAGAGACGGGACAAACCUGAGGACGUGCCUGUUCAGACGACAUGAUUGUUUCUUUCAAUGCUCAUGACUUCUGUGUCACGCUACAGACAGGAGAGCGCGAGAGACACGAGGAGGAAGGAGAGGGCUGAAGAAGGGGGUUGGGGAAGCAGUUACAGGACUUGAGGAAGAUACCGUUGGGGGGGUGGUGGUGGUGCUUGAACCCCAAGGCUCUUCUGGAAGUGGCUUUAAGUAAGGUGACACUUGACCAACUUCUCCCUUCCUCCUUUUGGUCCAGGAAAGCACAUGGGUCCCGUGAUCAUUUCACCAGCGGGACCCCCCAGCAGGAGGGAUCCCUUUUGUGUCAUUUGCCCCAUCAGUAACACAGAAGCCUCCUGUACGUGGAAGGACACCCGCGAGCCUUCUGCGUACGCUCCUCUCCCUCCAUAUAUUCCCUUUCCUACUUAGUUUCGCAUGACCCUUUAGGAAGGACAGGGUGAAAGAGAAAGGAGAUGAGUCUCUCUCAGCGCCUCGUCUCGAUCCUCUCAGCGCCUUUUUGCAGUUCCCUUUCCCUGGAGGCCCCUGGCCGGCAAUGUGGAGCACGAAGGGGCAGAGCCGGCCCCAGCACGGAGAUGGCAGAAGAGGUCCUCCAGGCUGGGAGGAGCCGGAUGGAAGACGAGCCAACAUCCAGUCUGGGAUGCUGCCUUCCCACUGCCUCGAACAAACGGUCUGAACCCGCCUUCCCCAUCCCUCUACAUCCCUCCUGCCCUGGAAAGGCGCUGGGGGGAGCAAGCGCAUGGCCAGGGGGUGACACUUGGUGAACAAAGAACUCGUCUUGGAGCGUGCAGUGAAGGGGGGCAGGAAGUGACUGGGAAAAGCUGCUGCUCGAUGCUUGGAGCAGAGACCACAGGCCGUUGGAUUUUGGCAUCCCUCGCCCAGCUUUACGCCCCAUGCCUUGCCUGAGCAGAGAUGUGGAGCUGCUGGGAAGCCCCCGCCCCUCAUUUGAAGGGAAUGGGGAUAGAGAGUGAAGCCUGGCCAUGCCUGCCUGUGGCGUUUCCACAGCCAGAGCCCCACUGCCACCUUGGGCUCGGGGAAGGGACCAUUCAGCUUGCUCCAUCCAGCCGGCCAACCUCCCAACGGCUCCCGGAGAGCCGCCACCAUCGCCUCCUCCCUCCCUCUGCGGAGCUGACCCACCGUCUUGCUCCAGCUGGGCACACACCGGACCCAUGGCACCACCGCCGCCACACCAGGGUUGCACCCAGCCGGAGGGGACACCGGAGGAGAACCACGCAACGAUGCAACAUCCUUGCACUUAAAACAAAA